AUGGAGAAAGUGGUGCGCGAAGCAGAGCCAGUCUACCCUAUCCCCUAUAAUCCAGAGAUCGUUUUCACCUGGGUGACGGCCAGGGNNGAUACUGGCGAGGCCGCUGCUCGUGUACUAGAAGAGCGACACAAGCAUUUUUAUGCGACUUAUCCUCUCGUCGGUACUGAGUCUGCUACGUAUACUGAAGCAGUCCGAGACGUCAGCAAGGCCAUCGGGAAGCAAGUCAUGAUCGAACGAAUUCCGCUUGAAAAGACUGUCGAUGGCUUGGUUCGCCGCAACAAGAACGAGUCCAUGAGACCAUUUGCUACGCGCCUUCUUGUCUAUUACAACGAGCGUGGACUCAUCGGAAACAUGAAUGUUCUCGAGAUGUUGCUUGGCAGGAAGCCGACCUCAUACGUCGAAUGGGCAAGGCUGAAGGCAGACGAAGUGGUGAGUAAAUCAGCACUCACGGCUUGA